UGUUAUCGCCGAGUUGUGCCACCACCACGAUCGAGCAUUCCCCUUGAAGUUUUUUACCCUCUAUUAGAUGCGCGGAGAACUUAUUCGAGCAACACCUCGCGUGGAUUUGCCGUCCUCUCCACACUCAUUCCCCCUCCCAUCUCCCAUAGAAGUAACGCACGUCUGUCGUUUGGAACACCUGCCAUUCGUUCAAACACCCGUUGACGGCACGGCGCUAUAUUUCAUAUUUCUCCAGCGGUGUUACUUCGCUUCCUGAGUUGGCAUCAUCUGCUUACUCGCUGUCGAGUUACAUCUUCUUCGACACGUUGAGGAUAAGUUCUUUAUCAGCAAGUUUUUCAACCACAAGGAAUUUCUGCAGUUUUUGAAACGUUAUUUUGUGGGAUAUUUAAACUACUGGAUUUGAAUCCUAAGAGUGAUAUUUGAAUACUAAUGGAUCUGCUUCAACUAUAAACCAUAAACGAGUGCAAGGCCGUUGCAGAUUGGGAUUAUUGAUGCCUGUUUUCUUUGGAAGAGUGCAAGCGCACGGAAGCGGACAGUAAGAUUUUGGAGCUAAUAAAGUGAAAAGGGUGUCGCAUGUCCACACGUGUCGGAUGAGACCAGCUACACCAUGGUCGAGUCCACCGGUGGCGGAACUUGCAGAUGCGCCUGCCAAGAGGACUACGACGCUUCAGAGGAUUCCUCUGAUGCUUCCGGUGGAUGCUGCAAUCCUCAAGUGUUCACAUCCAUCCUUCUUGGCAUCCUAGCAUGUGUCCUAAUGACAGGAGGUGUCUUUCUGGCUUUCCACAGGUGGGAUCCCAUGUGGCUUAUGGUGUCUGGAGUGGGUGUCGUUUUGGUGCUCAUUGGCUCUAUCCUUCACUGCUGCAGCAACGGAAAUUCGCAGGCGGGAGCCAGGAAACAUGUGUCGACGGGAAAAGGCUGCUGUUCAAGGCCAGCGCAACCCGACCACCUGCACAAUCAUAUGGUCAAUAACAAUGGAAGUCUGACGGAGCAGUUGUUGCCUUUGAGCAAUGCGAGGUCCGUGAGUCAACUGUCUCUCAACAUGCUUCCUGGUUAUUUUCCACCCGUCGUCACUGCAUAUGGAAUCGAACAGCAUUCAGCCGUCGUACAGAACAUCAAUCGGUUAGUCCAACAGCAGCAACAACCUCAAAAUCCGGGAUCUGCCAGUCCUGGUGUCAACAGUGCGGCUGGGAAAAGUUUCAUUCUUUUAUCAUUGCCGACGGAUGGCACACCUGCCAAUGUACAGAAUUUGGUGGCUACAGUUUAUCAGCUGGAUGGAAAUGUUGCACCUGAAACAACUGCUUCUGAAGUUGCCUCUUCAAGCUCUGUUGCGGCCCCAAAACCAGCUACUAAUCUUGUGCUGAAAAGCGUUGAGGUGCAGACUUGCAAUAUAUGGUCUCAUGCAGUGCCAAAUCCUGUUUCUGUUACUAGCAGUGGCUCUUCCAGUGCUCCUGUGACUGCUAUUGCAGAGAUGACCGGCGAGUGUAGUAGUAUUCAGGCUCCAGUUCAGAGAUCGUCUGCUGUUACUGCCGCAGGUACAACUCAAACAGAGGAGAGAAGCUCCUCUACAGCCAAUACCAUCGAUUUGAUGGACUGCUCACCAGAGAUUAACUCAGUCUGUGAUAACGUACCUAGCACGUGUGAUAGCCAACCUGAAAAUCACAGUGCCUUCGUAAACAUUCCCGUGCCUUCAACGGUUCUUGUAGAUGUAUCCGAGCCUUCGACAAGUGCAGUUAAUUCUGAAAACUUGCCUAACGUCUUUGUCGAUGUUCAAAAUUCAGUAUCCACCAGUAUUUUAGAUCUUCCUCCGCCUCCUACCAGCACUCUUAUAGGUGUCACUGAUUCUUCAGAUAUCCUUACCGACAUUCCAGAAUUUACCUCAGAUGUUCUAAUUGACGUAUCAGAAAAUUCCAGCAGUAAUCUGCCUUCCGACAACAUAAUAACUGUACCUGGAGUUGUUGUUGACUGCAGUGUACCAGAGUGCAAUUUGGAGCCUGAAAACCUCGCCAGUGAGCAACAUUCUUCCAACCAUCCUGUUGGAAGUAUGGAGACGAAUCUAGUUCUGAAUAUUUCAGAACCAUCUACGAGUGGUACCGCAGUGAUGUCCUGUACUGUGCAACUGGAAGCAUCAAAUUCAGAACUAAAUUCAAGCUGUAGCAAUCUUUCUGAUAUAGAUGCAGAAACAGACGAUGGUGAAUUCCUGGAUAGGUCUUCACCUCCUCCUAGUUAUGAUGAUGUUGCACACGAAGGCGAGGCGGCCGUUGGGGCGUUUGGUUUGGCUUAUGGAACCAUUUAAAAUUGGUUAUUUAUUCAUCUUUAUUCCUAUAUUCUUGCUGGGCAAGUCUUUGUUUUAUAUUUUAUACUUGUACGAUGUCUAAUAAUAAAACUAAUACCAUUUUUAUAUGAUA